CAAACCUGAGGCAGUUCCUCCUCGAGGUCCAGCUGGCCAUGUCUGGAUACAAUUUUGCUCUUAUAUGAUUUCAUUUAUAAAUGAUGUGAAGGUUAUUUAGUGGAUCAGGCAUUUCCAAGUCAGAGUCAUCAUAUCCUGACAAACAUCUCUGGAAUCCUGUCAUCAUGAUAAAACGCAGCAGGACUCUCACUUUGAGGCAGUCUCAAAAAUCCAGAUGGAUCAGCGAAAGGAGGGCCUUGAUGACGGGGCAUGUUGGAGCCAAACAUCGGAGACAAACAGCUCGGGGAGCUGGUUACCUGUUCCAAGCUCACCCUUCCUCCUGCGUCUCCAUUACUGAGGAGGUGUUCCUAGAAGCUGCGGAGUACGGCAACAUUCCUGAAGUGAGGCGGAUGCUGGAGGAGCUUCCACACCUCAACAUCAACUGCGUCAACUACAUGGGGCAGAACGCACUGCAGCUGGCAGUUGCAAGUGAGCACUUAGAAGUGGUCAAGCUUUUGCUUAAGAGGAAAGAACUUGCAAAAGUGGGGGAUGCUUUGCUGUUAGCCAUCAGUAAAGGGUACAUCCGUAUAGUGGAAGCCAUUUUAAGUCACGAGGCCUUUGCAGAUGGUCAGAGGUUGACGAACAACCCCAGUCAUGACGAGACACGGGACGACUUUUUCUCCUACGAUGAGGAUGGCACGCGUUUCUCUCAUGACAUCACUCCUAUUAUCCUGGCUUCUCAGUGUCACGAGUACGAGAUAGUACACAUGCUACUUUUGAGGGGGGCCCAUAUAGAGCGUCCCCAUGACUACUUCUGUCAGUGCAGGGCCUGCAUUGAGCAGCAAAGGCUUGACACCUUCUGCCACUCUCAGUCUCGUAUCAGUGCUUACAAAGGCCUUGCAAGCCCAGCGUAUCUUUGCCUUUCGAGUCAGGAUCCUGUGAUGGCAGCUUUGGAGCUGAGCAAUGAGCUCGCAGUUCUGGCCAACACAGAGAAAGAGUUCAAGAAUGACUACAAGAAAUUGUCCAUGCAGUGUAAAGACUUUGUGGUGGGACUCUUGGAUUUGUGUCGGAACACGGAGGAAGUGGAGGCGGUCCUGAAUGGUGACAUGGAAUCCUUUGCUAACACAGCAACCUCUGCCAAACUGAACCUGAUCAGGUUAAAGCUGGCAAUAAAAUAUGAAGUUAAAAAGUUUGUGGCCCAUCCAAACUGCCAGCAGCAUCUUCGAUCAAUCUGGUAUGAGAACCUGACUGGACUGCAUCAGCAAACAGUUGCAGUUAAAGUUCUUUUUGUCUUUGGUGUAGCAGUUGGGUUACCUGUCCUAGCUUUUAUUUACUGGAUAGCACCAUCAAGUAAGUUGGGGAAACUCAUGCGUGGACCCUUCCUGAAGUUUGUGGCUCAUGCAGCUUCCUUCAUCAUAUUCCUCUGUUUGCUGGUUCUAAACGCAGCCGACCGCUUCGCAGGAACAUCACUGCUGCCGAACAUGACCACCCACGAUUAUCCCUCACAGGUUUUCCGGAUGAAGACCACCCGUUUCACCUGGAUGGAGAUUCUUAUCAUUUUCUGGGUUAUAGGUAAGAUAUGGGAAGAAUGUAAAGAUAUCUGGUCACAGGACAUUCAGGAAUACAUCUUAGAACCAUGGAACCUUCUGGAUUUUAGCAUUUUGGCCAUUUUUAUGACCUCUUUCAUUGCAAGAUUAAUGGCUUUCUGGCACGCACAUUCUGCACAGUGCUACAUUGACAAGCAUCCAUUCAACAUGACCUUGCCUUCUGAGGUACAAUAUUUUCAGCUGGCAAGAAUUCACUGGAUGCCCUCAGACCCUCAGCUUAUCUCCGAAGGUCUCUAUGCGAUUGCCAUUGUUCUGAGUUUUUCCCGCAUUGCGUACAUCCUGCCUGCCAACGAGAGGUUUGGGCCGUUGCAGAUCUCUCUGGGAAGAACAGUGAAAGACAUUUUCCAGUUCAUGGUGAUUUUCAUAACGGUGUUUGUCGCUUUCAUGGUGGGAAUGUUCGAUCUAUACUCAUACUACCUUGGAGCCAAACACAACGUUGCCUUUACAACGAUUGAAGAAAGUUUUAAAACAUUAUUCUGGGCCAUCUUCGGACUGUCAGAAGUAAAAUCUGUGGUAUUAAACAUCAACCAUAAGUUCAUUGAGAACAUAGGCUAUGUUCUGUAUGGGGUGUACAACAUCAUUAUGGUGAUUGUUCUGCUGAACAUGCUCAUAGCCAUGUUCAACAACUCCUUCCAGGAAAUCGAGGAUGAUGCUGACGUGGAGUGGAAAUUUGCCCGAGCCAAGCUGUGGUUUUCCUACUUUGAGCAUGGCAGCACUCUGCCUGUACCCUUCAACCUCGUACCCAGCCCCAAAUCUGUGGUGUCCUUCCUACUCGGAAUAAAGACAUUGAUCAGAUCUUCAAGAAAAAGCAAAGAGAAUUCAAACAAUGACAUGGAUCUUAAAAAUUUAAGGGAACACGGAGGACUGAAGGAGGACUCAUCUGUUCAACCUACGCGUCAUCAAAAAGUAAUGAACUGCCUCAUCAAAAGAUACAUAUUUAAAGCACAGAGAGAUAAAGAUAACGACGAAGUGAACGAAGGUGAAUUGAGAGAGAUCAAACAGGACAUCUCGAGCCUUCGGUAUGAGCUGCUGGAAAGAGGGAACCAUGAUAUAAACACACUGGCCGAUCUUGUCAGGCAGCUGGGAGAGGUUGUGCAGAAAGAAGAGCAGAGAGCGGAUGUCAUUUCUUAAAAACAUGUAUAUAAUAGAAACAGAUAAGUUGUACAUAAUGCAGUCUCAUAUAUUUGCUGCACAGGUAAGUUUUUAAAACUACAGUGUUCAGUUCUAUUUUCUAAAGAGGCACAUGAAUUACUGUUUGGCUUAAAUAUGACCAUUUUAUUCGGAAACUUCAUCUUCUUCAGCUGUAUCUGUUCAGUUAACCACAUGGUGGCACUAAGGUAGUGCAUUUUCCCUUUGUUGGGUUUGGGUGUGUGGCUGUUAACAAAUAAUAACUGUACAGAUGCAAUUUUGUGUUCCAUUUUUGAUAAAGUCUUGUAAACAAGUGAGGUGUUCAUGCAAGGAAAUUAGUUUGAUUAUGUCUGUUUGGGCUGCAAUUCAUGCAAUCCAGAAGUAAGAACAAAGCUUUUUGGUAAUAAUUACUCUUUAAUUUUUCCAUUUAGUAUAACUGUAAAGUUAAUGAGCUUUGGCUCGAUGUUUAGAGGAGUCAUUACACUUUAAAAUUGUACUGCAAUAAAGUGAAGGUUUACCUGAGCAUGCUGUUUAAUGAAUGUCAUAAUUAUCAAUGUUGGUUACCUUCGCUUCCUGGA